GUCAAUCCGGAUCGAACACGGGAAGCAGUUAUGCAGAAGUGAUUUUAGGGAAAAAAUACAAGUGUGUGAUAAUUCUUAGCAAAUAGAACAAGCAUUUUACAAAAAUGUUCAAACAACUGUUUCUUGUGAUCUCAUUCAUGUACUUUGUGUACUCGGCGCCGCAGGCAGAGAAAUAUGAAGCGUACGAGUACCAGUACGAAGUGAAGGAUCCGGAGAAGCAGCUGUUCUUCGAUAAAAAUGAAGCGGGAGAUGCCGGAGGCAAAGUCUCCGGCAAAUACUCCGUCUGGCUUCCGGACGGUCGCCUCAUGACGGUCAAGUACACGGUGGACAAGGAAAGCGGCUUCGUUUCCGACGUCGACUUCCAAGAGAACGCCAACCCACUAUCGGGAUAACACCAUUCAGGAUCAUCACCACACACACGACUGGACACAAACUGCGAGGGGGCGGAGAAGAGUUGCACAAGGGUAUUUGAGCGAUUUUCAGCGAAUUAUUUUAAAAUAAGGUGGAGAGAGUGACACGGGAGAUUAGCAAAUGGCGAACACAUUUUGUACAGAUUUUAAGUAGUUAGUUUGAAAAUAUAAAGAUUCUUUUUGUUUAAA